GCGGCGGCAGGGCUCAGGAAAGUUAUAGUGCUUUAUGGCAGGGAACCUGUGUCUGCCUUAGUACCUGAGUGACAGCGGCCAGGAGAUAGAGAAAGGCUGCGCUGAGGGGAACCGGAACACAGGGAGAGAUAUAGAAUCUUUAUGGAAUGCUGGUGUGUGGAACGUUCUGAGGGGAGAAUGAGUCCAAGGAGGAGGUCGAACUAGGACCAGUUGCUUUUCUUCAGAACAAAGACUCCAGAAGUAGAACUCGGUAAAGCAAACUCUGACCGUGGCUACUUCCUAUAUAACAUCUCGUUGCAGGGGGGGAGUCGAUAAUCACACGGUGGACCCACUUGUGACCCAGUCAGAGAACUAAAACAAAGACUCUCUGGAUCUUAAAGGGAAAGAGACUUCAGAGAGAGAGAACAAAGGCAUGAUAACUGCACACACUGACUGCUUUGGGAUCCCUUUGUCACUGACCCCCAAGCUGUAAGAGGAACCAUAUAAAAAGCUCACAAAGGUAAAGCACGUUGGAAUUGCUAAUUUCCACUAAUCUACUUUUGGUUUAUUUUAAGAAGAUUGUGGGUUUGGGCAUAUGCGUCUUGGUGUAUAUUCAACUAAAGCAGGAAGGUGGGGGUAUGUUUAAUUGACCCCCCACCUAAAGAUUAAAACCAAAUUUGCUGUUAGGUGAUGAUGGACAUACCCUUUUACCAUGAUGAUGUGUUAACUGCCCAUCAGGCUCCUACUACUUACUCAUCACUCUUCGGCACCAUGAUGAAGAAAGAUCUUAACCUCAAUCUGAAUGAUCAGGUUGUGGCCAAUUUAAAGCCUCACCAUGGAGAUGGACUAACUUCACCUGAUCUUGGACUACUGAAACUGGCCUCUCCGGAACUUGAAAGGCUUAUAAUCCAAUCUAAUGGCUUGGUGACUACAACACCCACCAGUAGCCAGUUCUUGUACCCCAAGAUAGCCAGUGAGGAGCAGGAAUUUGCAGAGGGAUUUGUUAAAGCACUGGAGGAUCUCCAUAAACAGAACCAACUUGGAGUUCCACCAUCUGGAGUGGAUUUAACUUCAGUACCUGUUGGGGGUAAUCUUCAACCGCCUACAAAUUCUGAUGCACCCAUUUAUGCCAACUUGAGCAGCUACCCAAGUGGAGCAAUGGGUACCACUGUUAACUACAGCACUGAUACUGUACCUUAUCCUCCCCCACCUUCCAGCAUACCUCAGCAGCCACCUCAAGCAAGACUGCAGGCUCUUAAGGAUGAGCCUCAAAUUGUACCAGAGGUGUCCAGUUUUGGAGAAAGUCCCCCUAUGUCUCCCAUCGACAUGGACACGCAAGAGAGGAUCAAGGCUGAGAGGAAGAGGUUGAGGAACAGGAUAGCAGCUUCUAAAUGCAGGAAGCGAAAGCUGGAGAGGAUAUCUAGGCUUGAAGAAAAGGUGAAGAGCCUAAAAAAUCAAAAUACUGAGUUGGCAUCGACUGCAAACCUGUUAAGGGAGCAGGUGGCCCAACUCAAGCAGAAAGUCAUGAGUCAUGUGAACAGUGGAUGCCAGCUUCUUCCUCAACAGGUCCAGGCCUACUAAUUUUAUGCAGCACCUAAAACUAGACAUUUCUUCAUUUUACUGUCAUCUCUUGAGCAACUUCAAACAGUGACUUGUGUUAGGAUAUCGUAUAUCAAAAACCAGACAAAAUGUUGGAUUGCCUUCUAGUUUUGGACAUUAUCUUGCAACCACCAAUGUUGACUAUAGAUUCAAAGCUGCCUGUUCAUUUGUAAUGACCAUGUUUUUUGAUGAGUAAAUGGAAAUUAUUGGGACCUCCAAAAAUGUUUAGGAAAGUACUGAUCCAGCACAUAUUCAUUGAUGUUGCUGCCAGGAUUUUGAUUUGCAUAUAAUAUGCUUUGGACCAUCUGUUUUUAUAGGCUGCCUACUUACGUCAGCAAACAUUUACCAUCCAGAGGUCUACAAAUUGACUAACAGUGCCUAUAGUGCCUCUAAAAGACAAAUGCUGCUUUUUUGUAAUACCCCACUCACUCCACCUUUCUACAUUGUUUUAAGUCCAUGUGUUCCUAGCACAUAUUUUGGGUGUUUGGCAGUUUAAACAAGAUCUGACUUGCAGUCAGUGUUUAUAUCCCCAACAUUUUCUUGACAAACUUGGUGAGAUAAUGCCAAGUGCAAUUAGUUUGGAGAUAUGUGUAUCUGCCUUAAAUGUUUACAGUCUCUCCAAAUUCUUGGAGUGGAUAGUGUUUGUUUUUAUUUUCUUCUCAGAAGUUUGAUGUUUUGGCAAGACCAUUACAAAUGCAGGUUGUUUCACAAUAAGAAUUUAGCGAAUGUGUAUGCUCAUUAUGGUUAUACACGUUAUCAGACUUUCAUUUGUAAGAUAAUGUAAAUGUAAUAUUUUAUGGAAUUCUUUCUUAAACUGGUCAAUUAACAAUAUUUAUGUUAUACUGGGAACAAUAUUAUUAUUUUUUUUUUAAAAUACACAUUCCAGUAUACACAGUGCUCUUAUGUAUAAUAAACUAUUGCAUAAAUGAGAA